GAAUCUCCACACAAAUGCCCCACAUGUGGAAGAACCUUUAAUCAAAGAAGUAACCUGAAAACUCACCUUCUUACCCAUACAGACAUCAAGCCCUACAACUGUGAGCAGUGCGGCAAAGUGUUCAGGCGAAACUGUGAUCUACGGCGGCACAGUCUAACUCACACCCCGCGGCAGGACUUCUAG